CGGCCGACGGCGACGGCAACGACGACGACGACGACGACGACGACGACGGCGGUAGCGGCGGCGGCGGCGAGCACACGACGGCGAUCGCGACGGUAGCGUCAGUGGCACCGGGCGCGACGAGUGUGUCGGUCGUGUAUCGGUCGGGUCCCAAGCACAGGUCCAACGCACGCGUUCGCGCACCGUCCGGGGGGAAGGGGCCCAACACGCGCCGGUACCGCGUCCGUGUUAUAUGCUGUAAGGUACAAUGAAUGCUAUUUGUCGUAUUACAUCUCUCAUACGUUUUUUAUCGCAAUGAAAAUAACAUGUUUAUAAUAAUUAUUUGUUGUAAUUAAUAUUAAAUCAGCCAGGCGAUAAUGACAAUAAUGAUCAUAUCGUUAUUAUUGUGGUGACAAUCUGUAUGUUAUUAUUAUUAUUAUCGUCGUAGUCGUAUACACACGACGACGUGUCGGCGGACCGCUUAUCACGAUACAAUAUCAUAAUAUUACAACUACUACAACUGUUGUCGUACUACAUCGCCUGUCGACCAAGAGCCGGCGCGACGUCAACCAAUCCGUCGCACACGUCUAUACGGUACGAGUCGUUUCGAUUGCCAUAAUAUUAUAUCGUUAUUGUAGUAUAAAACAAUAAAUAAUAUAUUGUAUAAUAUAACACUAUCGCCGGCGCAAGACGCACGGACAAGAACCGCGAAGACGUCGACGCUGAACGCGGAAGACCAAACGGACGGAGGACCGAUGGAAUCCACGCCGAAGCCGACUUCGGCAUCAGCCGGCGGCUCGUCCUCGUCGCCGAACGCCGGACGGUUCGCCGACAAGGCCACCGAGAGCCUUUACCAGAGCUACAACGCGAAGCAGAAGCGCGCGGCUUUCGCGUGCUACGUGUCCGCGUCCGUGCUGUUCGACGUGUACUGCCUGUCCGUGUACGACGCCCGGUCGCCGUGGACGUGGUGCCUGCUGGCCACCAACGUGGUCACGCUGCUGUGGUGCCGGCUGGCCGGCGGCCGGCGCCAGUACUGGACGGCCGUGGCCCACCUGGCCUGGCUCACAGCCGACGUCCAAGUGGUGUUCCACAUGGUGGCAAACGCGGCCGAGGGCGCCGACCUGCUCGGAUGGAUCCUGCUCUACGAUUACCUGGCCUACGUGUCACUGCCGCUCACGCUGGCCCUGUGCAUAGCCCUCAGCGCCACCACGUGCGUCACCUACGUGCUCACCAUGGCCGUGCUGGGCCGUCAACACGCGUACCUCGCCCGACAGUUGGCCACGAACAGCGUUCUCCUCUUGGCGUCCAAUUGUUUGGGACUUUUGUCCUAUUUCCUGGCCGACAAGCAGCAGCGGACCGCCUUUCUGGAAACCCGGCAAUGCCUCGAGAUGAAAAUGGUCAUAGAAGAACAAUCGACCGAGCAGGAACGGCUGUUGUUGUCCGUGUUACCGGAACACGUAGCCGUCAAAAUGCGCCAGGAUUUGGGUGAGGCGUUGGACAGUCAAUUCAAAAAGAUAUACAUGAGCAGGCACGAAAACGUUAGUAUAUUGUAUGCUGACAUCGUUGGAUUCACGGCAAUAUCGUCUACAUACUCGGCUUCGGACCUGGUAAAAAUUCUCAACGAGCUGUUCGCCAGAUUCGAUCGACUGUCCGAGAAAUACCAACAACUCAGGAUCAAGAUUUUGGGCGAUUGUUACUAUUGUAUUAGCGGCGCUCCCAAGGAACGACCCGAUCACGCCGUGCUCAGCGUGCACAUGGGACUCUCCAUGGUCAAAGCUAUCAAAUACGUACAACAGACGACAAAUUCUCCGGUAGACAUGCGAGUGGGCAUACACACGGGAGCCGUUUUGGCCGGUGUUCUGGGCCAGAGGCAGUGGCAGUUUGACGUUUACUCCAAGGAUGUUGAAUUGGCGAACAAAAUGGAAAGCAGUGGAAUGCCUGGACGAGUGCAUAUAUCCGAGAAAACUCUGAGUUUCUUAAAUGGAGAGUUCGAAGUCGAGCCCGGUUACGGCGAACGCCGCGAAGAAGCGCUUAAGAUGGCCAGCAUAAAAACUUUCUUCAUUAUAAAAACGAUCAAACCGUUCAAAAUGGAUGUGCAAAACGGAUCACUGACUGAUCAGAACAGUGCUAGUAAAGAAUCUGUGUGUGCGACACCGAUUGAUGACGCCGAUUUAAUAGCUCAGGCCAAAGAAGACUCCGAUAACUUUAAGAAGCGAUUGAGAAAGGACUUGAUGAACAGAGAUGGUCACAGGGAUUUAAACAAACACACAAAAUUUUUCACCUUGGCAUUUAACGACGAAGCAAAAGAACGUGAAUACAAAUACCACAAAGAAGCUGCAUCUGGUGUGUCUCUUAUAGGUUGUCCGUUAGUACUCUUCUUGACGUCUUCCGCACAAAUUAUUAUGUUACCCAGAGAUAUUUUAAGCUACAUGUCCAGUUGUCUUGCAUUAGUAUUACUAUUGAUUAUUGUAGUAGUAUCAGUCGCUGACAUUUUUCCAAGAAUUCUGCCAUCAAAAAUUGUAUGGUUCAGUGAGACCAUAAAUGACUCUUUAUGGAUUCGACGUAUACUUGGAAUCACUGCCGCGUCAUUGCUAGCAUCUACCAAUCUUGUGGGACUAGUAUCGUGUUGGUCUGACAAACAAAUACUAACCAACUGCACGCAUGGCCAGAGCGAUCCAUCGACUUACUGUAUGUAUCCAUCAUAUUUCACUUACUUCAUGGUGUUAGCGUUGAUAGCUACGUCCAUGCUGACUCAAUUAUCUCAUUUCACCAAAGCAACUAUACUGUUCGUCAUUACUCUGAUGCAUUGCGUUGUCAAUAUAGUUACAGUGGGCUCAGCUAUUGACUGCGAAGAUGCAAUAAUUUACAAACCGUUCAAAGUUUUGCCAUCGAAGUACGCAUUGUCGUUUCUACUCAUAGCCGUUACAAUGGCACUGGUGUUUUUGGCUAGAAAUAUGGACAAAUCAUCAAGAGUUCUUUAUCUAUGGCGGACGGAAGUCGAAGAACAGAGGGAAAGGGCUUCAGACAUACGGAGAAGAAAUGAAGCAUUAGUAUACAAUAUUUUACCUCCGCACGUAGCCAAACAUUUCUUAGGAAGUUAUAAACGUCAGCACGAAGAACUAUACAGUCAGAGUUAUGCCGAAGUUGGAGUUUUGUUUGCAUCAAUGCCAAACUUUUCAGAUUUCUAUUCGGAGGAGACGGUUAACAACCAAGGCCUGGAGUGCUUAAGAUUUCUCAACGAAGUUAUAUCUGAUUUUGAUGCGCUUCUGGAACAACCGCGCUACCAGGAUAUUAUUAAGAUUAAAACAAUCGGUUCAACUUAUAUGGCUGCUAGUGGACUAAACCCUUCGCGUGUCGUAAAGCCCGAAGAUCCCAUUGAAGUUAGAUGGGCACACCUCGCGUUGCUGGUGGACUUUGCUUUUGAUCUCAAAAAAGCACUCCAGGGAAUAAAUGAACAAAGCUUUAACCACUUUGUGUUGAAAAUGGGAAUCAAUCAUGGUCCAAUAACCGCAGGUGUUAUUGGAGCGAGAAAACCUCAUUACGAUAUUUGGGGAAAUUCUGUGAACGUGGCGUCGAGGAUGGAGAGUACUGGAAAGGCUGGGUGUAUACAAGUAACGGAAGAAACGUGUAAUAUCCUGCAACAUUUCGGGUUCAAGUUCGAACAGCGUGGUCUAGUGGCCGUCAAGGGAAAGGGGCAGCUGAUGACCUAUUAUUUGGUGGGCAAAGGGCUCCAACCCAGCCAGGCACCGCCGCCGAUCAUGGAGACGCUGCCGGAAAUGGAGGAAGAAGACACCGACGAGUGCAUGGUGGUCCGGCAGGCGCUGUUGCCCCGGACCGAUCACAACGGAUCGGCAACCGCUUCCGGUUGAUGAAUAACGACAACGAGUUUAAUUAUUAUUUUAUAUUUAUUAUUAUAUUAUAACGAUGACGAGGUCAACAUGACAUCGAUCAAUGUACAACAAUACAUAUAUUAUUAUAAAUAAUAUUAUUAUUUAAAUUACCCAUUUCCGUCGCAAAGGCCAUACGAGGAGACGUCACGUGACAACGCCGGCCAUUUCAUCUACACGCCAUGUGCCGAAAAACAAUAACUUACUACAAUAAAAUACCUGUACAAUAUUAAGUCAUAUUAUUAUUACCUGCGAUAACCUAUAACUACGAUAUAAGUGUAAUUUAUUGUUAUGUUUGUCAUAUAUGUGUUUACGCCGCUUACGGUCGUGCACUUAUAAUACUGAUCUAUUCGCUAAACAAGCUUUUUUUUUAUAAUUUUUAUUAUUUCUUAGAUAUUCUGUUUCUGUUUACUUACGUUUUCUUUCUAUUUUUUUGUUCUUUUGUAUCGAUAAUACCACCGUUAAUGUUAAUCACACCAAGGCGGUCGUUUAAUAAAACCCUCUGACUUGAUUUUAUUUGUUCAUAUUGAACACGAAAACAAAUGAUUAAUAUAUUAUAAACACAACAGUAAUGUUGUGAUUUUGUUCAAACUUUGUUUUUUUUUGUUUUUGUUUAUUAAUAUAUAAGUAAUGCGUGUAUUAUUACUAUUACUAUUAUUAUAAUUUUAUUAUUUUAAUUUCUAUUAUUAUCAUCGUCAUUCGUCAUUAUCACCAUCAUUGUAUUUAGAAUUAUUUUGAGUUGAAUUUUUUUUAUUUAAUAAUAAUUAUUAUUAUUAUCUACUGUAUUUACUACCAAUAUAUUGAAGUUAUUGUUACCGCAACUAAUAGAAUGAGUGCGAUUCACAUGCAUAAUUUACACUAGACAUAAUAUAUAGAUUAGUAUAAAAUUAUUGCUAAUUUAUGAUCAUAAUAAUAUAGAGUUGUUAUACAUUUUUUUUGCCGGUAGAUGUGUUUACUAUUAUUUUAUAACAGACAAUGAGAAUUGAACUGCUUAUCGUAAAAAAAAGUAAAAACCACUCUUAAAUUUUGUAAUUUGUUGUCAGUUCAACUAAAUAACACGUUAAACAAUGAAGUUAAACAAUUUCGUUUUAUCCCAAAAUAGUCCAAUACCUAAUAAAGUAAUAAGUAAUAAAUACACAAAUCUAUAGUUAUUGAGUACCUACAUAAUAUUAUGCAUUUUUGCGCCGUAAGAAUGAUCGUUCAUCAUAAUAUCGUUAUUAUAUUUUAGUAAUUCAUUUUGUUUAUGUUUUGUAUAAUGUUCACUAGUGUAUAGGCACAAUAGUUGGUACCUACCUAAUUAGUACCUAUCUACAUCUGACCUGAAUGAUCUAUCAUUCAUAAAUAGGUACUUUUUAUGAAUAGUUUUUUAUGCAUUCGUGUUAUUAACAUUUAAAUACAAUAGACGACUUCAUUUAAAAUUAUUCUAUUCAACUUUUUGAACACUUAAUAGUGUACAACUCUGCUUAAUGGUUAAUAUGGCCAAUUAUACUGAAUAAACCAAACUAUCUACCGUUGGUUUUUGAAUUUUCUGAAACCAAUAUAGAUGAGGUUAAUAUUUUAUUUUAAAUUUUACUUUUCAAUCAACGAUUAAAACUACAGAACUACUAAAGUCUAUACAAUAAUAAAUAAUUAAAAUAAAAUUACUGUUGCACUCAUUUAAAACUUUCAUGGUUUUUUUUUUUUUUGUAAUCGUGUUUAAUAGUUGCAUUUGUUCACAAAUUACCUAUUAUCGGUAUAAUGUAAUUUUAAUUGAAUGUUUAGACAAUUUAUUAAUCGUAAGAAUGUUGCUUUUAAAAUUUUAAUGAUUCUUAAGAAGCAUAUAUUAUUAUAUUAAUUUUUAAUACAUAUUUUGUUUUUGUUUUUUUGUUUUUUUGUUUUUAAUAGUCGUGUAUAAUACAUCAUUAUAGCUAUAAUAUAAUACCUAAACAUAAUUUAUAAGAAAACCAAAUCAAAUUUUAUAUGGUUAUUAAGAUGGUUUUAACGUUACCUUAUAAAUAUUAUUAUUAUUAUUAUUAUUAUUAUUAUUAUUAUUAUUAUUACUUAUUAGUGUAUCCUUAUUUAUGAUAAGAUAAUGCAUUUUAGACAAUGAUUGAGAUUCUCGGUGUACAAAAUCUAUAUAGGUUCUAUAUAAUAUGUACAAUAUGUACAUUGUACACUUACUUUUUUUUAUCUCAAUAAAAUAAAUAUUGAUAGUUUGA